AUGGCUACUACUCCAGAUGCCGAUAUAAGCCAGCUGUCCGAAUCGCAGCAGGCAGCUUUACAACAAUUGCUUGCGGUAACCGGUCAAGAAGUCGAUCAAGCUGUACCUUUACUGCAGAGAUCACAAUGGAGUGUUGAGAUAGCAAUCGCAAAAUUCUUUGACGGCGAAGAUGAUUCCUUGACGACAGCAGGCCUAGCAGCUCAGAAUGUCCCACCUCCGCGAGCUUCAAGACAAGAAAAUCUUCAAUAUAGCCUCCUCAACGAAUCAUCGAAUCGAUCAAGAGCGCAAAAUGUGGACUCGGCUCCAAGAAUCGUUCCUCAACCAGAAGAUCAAGUAAUUCGACGACCAAACCUUAUAUUCGCUUUACUAUUUACACCAUUCAGUGUGCUCUACAAGAUCUUCUCUCUAGGAUAUAGAGCCUUCGCGUUCCUAUUCCCUUUCUUACCAAGGCUCGCACCUACAGGCUCAUCGAAUACAAUGGGACGGAGGUCACUUAAACCGAGAGAUGCUGCAACACGUACAAAGCGCGAAUUUGAGGAAGAGUAUGGAUCUAACAAUCUACCAUUCUUCGAUGGGGGUUAUGCUCAAGCUUUGGAUCUUGCGAAGAAAGACCUCAAAUUCCUCAUUGUUCAUUUGAUGUCGCUAGAACAUGACGAUACAUCUGAUUUCGUCCAUCAAACCUUACUAUCGGAGGAAGUCACCACAUUUCUUGGUGAUUCAACCAACAACUUAAUAUUCUGGGUAGGAGAUGUUUGCGAUUCAGAAGCAUAUCAAGUCUCCUCAGCUUUGCGAUGUACCAAAUUUCCAUUUACAGCUCUAAUUACCCACACACCCGAUCAAGGAGCCGCAUCAAUGUCAGUUAUUGCUAGAAUAUCUGGACAGGAGGCACCUCGGGCAUUCGUUGCAAAAUUACAAAGCGCAAUAGGACAACAUUCCGAAAAAUUAGCCGCCGUUCGUGCACAACGUUCCGCGCAAAACUUCGAGCGCACAUUAAGAGAAGAGCAAGAUUCUGCCUAUGAGCAAUCUUUGGCACAGGAUAGAGAACGUGCUAGACAGAGAAAGGAAGCAGAAUCUGCGGCGGCAGCAGAGGAGAAGAGAAAGAAGGAUGAUGCAGAAGCCGCUGUCAAACUGGCCGAAAAUCGAAAACAUUGGAAACAAUGGCGAGUGCAAACCAUCAAAACGGAACCCGAGCCCGGAACAAAUGUAGUCCGAGUAGCAUUAAGGAUGCCAGAAGGUGCAAGGAUUACCCGUCGCUUUGAGGCCGAUUCCGAGAUUGAAGAACUCUACGCUUUUGUAGAAUGUCACGACUUACUAGCAGACGGCAAAGAAUACAGUAGGCAAAAGCCGGAAGGAUAUGAACAUAAAUAUAAUUUCAGACUCGUUCAAAGUAUACCGAGAGCCGUAUAUGAAGUUGGAGAAGGAGGAACAAUUCUGGAAAGGGUUGGCAAGAGUGCAAACUUAAUUGUGGAAUCUGUUGAUGACGAAGAUGAUGAAUGA